AUGGUACUGCUAACAGAUGUCCAGGGCGGGGUUUACAAGUUCAAGAGCAAUUCAGAAUGCUGCGGUUUGGGCAUACCUACUCCUGUUCUCCCGGACAAAGUGCGCGGCUACAUGGCCCUCGUCCUGAGUAGUAUGCCGAGGAAGUUGGGUUAUGUAAAAGUUAUGACAAUUACCUCGACGUUAAAGGAUGAUGGCGACUAUGUCCCUAUCUCGCCAAUACUAAAGAAAGGCUCUCCAAUCCAACUUCGACUUCGAAACUACUUCGAAUAG